AUGGUUGAAUUAAAAGUUAAUACAAAAAAAUAUAAAUUAAAUAAUGGUGUUGAAAUCCCAGCAAUUGGUCUUGGAACAUGGAGAUCAAGUCCAGAAGAUGCUUACAAAGCUACAAAAUUAGCACUUGAAAAUUCAUAUCAUCAUAUUGAUACAGCAAGUGCUUAUGGAAAUGAGGAAGGAGUUGGAAAAGCUAUUGCUGAAUCAAAAAUUCCAAGAGAAGAUAUUUUUGUAACUACUAAAUUAUGGAAUACUGACCAUGAUAAAGUUGAAGAAGCAUUAGAUGAAUCAUUAAAAAAAUUAAAAUUAGAUUAUGUUGAUCUUUAUUUAGUUCAUUGGCCAGUAAAUACAGAUUCAGAAGAUGAUGAACCAACUAAACAUGAAGAUUAUGUUGAAACUUGGAAAAAAUUACAAAAAAUUUAUAAAGAAGGUAAAAAAGUAAAAGCUAUUGGUGUAUCAAAUUUUACUGAAAAAAAAUUACAAAAAUUAUUAGAUUCAGAAGGAGUUGAUGUUGUACCAGUUAUAAAUCAAAUUGAAGCUCAUCCAUUAUUAACUCAACCUCAAUUAGUUUCGUAUUUAAAAAGUAAAGAUAUUUAUAUCACUGCAUAUUCGCCAUUAGGUUCAGAUGAUUCACCAUUAUUUAAAAACGAAACUGUUAUAAAAAUUGCUGAAAAAAAUAAAGUUGAACCAGCUCAAGUAUUAAUUUCAUGGGCUGUUCAAAGAAAUUCAAUUGUUAUACCAAAAUCUGUUCAUGAAGAAAGAAUUAAAUCAAAUUUAGAAACUUUUACAUUAUCAAAUGAAGAUUUUGAAGCAUUAAAUGAAAUUAAUGAAAAAGAUGGACCAAAAAGAACAAAUGAUCCAGGUUUUAAUAACUAUAAUGAUUAA